UUAUACAGAAAUGGCGGUCUGGGAUAGCGUGUUAUUCUCCUCCGUUCUUCUCGUGGUUGUUGUUUUGAUUUCAGCCGAAAAUACAACGAGCAGCGAUCUGAACUCUACUACGCCGAGUGAGAGGAACUCUACGGAGGAGAUUACACUUUAUGAAACAACUACGGAGACUGAGUUAACGACCACAACGCCGACUGACGGCAGCCCGGAGGAGACGUCCCAACCCGGGGAGACAGUCCGAGCCGGGGACACGUCCAGCCCGGAGGAGCCGGUCCUCCCCGCGGAGCCGCUGCCCGUCUCCGGCAGCCUCCUCACCGCGGUGACGAAAGUUGACAGCUUGUGUCCCUGCGAUGAGCUCCAGGAUGUGUGUGACAUCAACUGCUGCUGUGACAGAGAGUGUAAGGAGGAGGUGUCGCUGUUCACCAGCUGUUCGGUCACCGCUGUCAGGGCCGGUGUGCAGCUGUGCAGCCACCAGGUGGCGUUCUACUCUCUACAGAGCAGAGAGGACGGCUACGCAGAGCUGCAGUCCUCCGUCCAGCAGGAGAAGAACUCUCACAUCUUCUGCAUUCAUUCAUACAACCGAGUUGAUGGAUUGUCUCACCCGUCACCAGCUCUUCCCACUGACAGCAACUUUGAGUCCGUCCUGAACCAGUUCAGCAGCUUCAUGUUUGGGUGGGGGAGCAGCGUCCAACCGUCCCCUGCAGAGCUGCCGGCUCCAGCUGGAUACCAGUAUGGGGACGUGCUCCUGACAGCAGGGGGACGUGGACAGAGAGGGACGUUCUUCCUGCCGUCCCCUGGAAUCACGGCGGCCUGUGUGAACAACAGUCCAGCAGCGUUCCUGAAGGAGCAGCACAGCCGGUGUUCCCAGCAGGUGGUUGUGGGGGGGGACUGCAGCUCUCUACCGGCCCUCAGCACGGACACCUACACCAACAUCCAGCUGCUCAGUGGAAAGACUCCAGAUGCGUUGCUGGUUCCUGUGGAGGUGUCCUCACUGGUCCUGCAGUCCCUGGACGGGACCCAGACGGAGAUGUCCAGCAGUGGAGGAAUCCUCCGUCCUGCUCUGCUCAACCCCACCCUCUGCACCAACGUGGUGCUGAAGGUGGAGUACGUGAUCCGGUACAGCUCAGCUGGGGAGGUCGUCAAGGCAACAGUGUCUCUGGUGCUGGGAUCCAUCCGUGCAGCCAGAGUAACGCUGCAGCAGGAGUUUCACGUCACGUACGUCCAGGAGGAUGCAGAGUUCCCUGUCCGUUCCAGCGGCAGUCCAGGUUACGUGGUCGGACUGCCUCUUGUUUCUGGAGCAAGAACAACAGAUGGGAUCAGCAGGAGCAUCAACCCCAGAGACACCCUGUCUCUGCUGCAGGGAGCUGGAGACCAGGACUGUCUGCAGGGUCCCCACCAGCACUCCCCCGUCCUGUUUGGCCUGGACUCCACGUCAGGCUGCACUCUCAGAGUGGAGGCUACAGCCAACUGCUCCUUACUCUCCCAGCUCCUCCUGGAGGUUCUGAGAGGACCAAACCGUCCUCAGUAUGUGGCUUCCUUUGGAAACUCGCCGUUGGAAAAUGGACUGGAAUGGGUCCAAAUCAAGAGGAACCUCGACGCAGCGGAAACACAAGGUUGCAACAUCCCACUGUCACUCCACUUAGAAAUUGAAUGGACCAAAUUUGGGACCCUGGUGAACCCUCAAGCUCAGAUUGUGAGCGUCACAGAAAUCAUCCAGACCAACACCAGCAGUUUGGCCUCGUUGUCCGGGGGCAGCAGCUCCUUCCCCAUCAGCAGCUCCGUGUCCUUCCUCCCGGUGUCUGCGGAGCCUCUUCCUGGAUACAGAGCCACCCCAACCAUCGAUGCCAAACUGCCCUUUGACUUCUUCUUCCCUUUUGUCUGAGCCGUCCAGCUCCAGCCACACCUCACCUCUGACCUCCAUCCCUACCGGGACUGUCUGGAUCUGCUCAUGGUUGUUGUGUGAAUAGUGUAUAUAAGAGUAUUUUACUACAUUAUUUAAUAAAAUAAAUCAGUCCUCCUCCUGUCACAUGUUGAAAUCUUUUAUUUAAGCAAAUACAUCUAUAUUUCUGUGUGAGGUUUCAUGGCUGUACAAGACUCCUACAGGAGUCCAUUAGGUCUAGUAAAGGACUCCUACAAGACUCCUUUAGACCUAAUGGACUGAUAAACUGCAUCUAUAUAUUUUCUAUUAUACCAAGGUCUGUGUGAAUACUCC